UUAUUUUCAGACAUGUAAAUAGGUCUAAAUGAUUAUAGACUUGAUAUGAUCAGGAUGACCAUUAGGCUACAAGCCAAGCAAUUAAGCAUUCUGCCCUGUUUAGUCUAUCUGCUAUGAAGACUUUAGUAACCUAUAGCAUGCCUUCAGUCCCAGCUACACCCAUGACGUCACGAGGCGUAUUUUAACUUGUUUCCCCCAUUGCCUGCGCAGUAGUGACAAGUUUUAACUGCUCACACAACAAUGCAAUCAAUUUACGUGACAUGCCUUAUAGUUGUGGUGGUACAGCAACCCACUGUAAAUAGCAAACACCAGCAGCCAGAACAUGGAGAAGGAGCUCCCAAGUUUUCUUGUGCCAUUGAUGAGAAGGUGGUCCCUUGCAAUUUGCCUCAGGGUCAGCUGCAGGACUCUGGAAACAUUACUUUGGAAGUGUCUGCUGGACAGACCAUUAAGGUGUCCUUACAGAACAUAUCUAAACAUGCCCUCUCCUGGCACUGGGAGAGCAAGGAUGACACCUCCAAACCAGCUGUAACUGGGAAGCAUAGGGAGGGGGCCUUUGUGUUUCUUUUUCAAGCCACUGACAGACAUAUUGGAUUGGCCACCAUCCAUUGCAGAAACGACAGUGGAAACAUUUUGCUGAGAAUUAAACUCUGUGUCAAACCAACCAAAAGGCCUUCCAAACCUCACUUGAGUAUUCUUGAGUUGGAGAAAGGCUAUGCUCCAGACAUUGUGUGUAAGUCAGAAGGAAGUCCUGUCCCAAAAAUAAAAUGGUACAAAGAUGUCAACAAGUCCAGUGUAAUUUCCGAGGGAAGAACUACGGCUAAAGCAGCCAGUGUGGAGAGCAAGCUUGAUAGCUACGGACAGAAAACUGUGAUGUGUUGUGCUUCGAACCCACUAGGAGAAGAAUGUUCUUUACUCUACGACUAUGAUCUGGACCGCUCAGACUCUAGUCCUCCUGUUGUGGUGAUUCGUGGCCAGACUCUUCUGCUGAGCUGCACAUCUACCAGUUCGUCGUCUGACUGGCUCUUCAAUGGCGUAGAGGCUCACCAAGUUUUACUCCUAUCUGGAGAGAGGUCUAAAUACCUCUUUCUGAACAGCAGUGAUUUAGUCACCAGUGCUGAAUUCAGCUGCAAAGAUCGAAAUCGAAUCAAGUCAACUACGAUUAACGUUUUGGGCAAAGGAUUCAUUAACGUUACAGGGCUGAACAAGGUCAACAAUAUCAAAGCCAGUGAAAAGUCUGGGUUCUGCUUCAGUACCACAGUGCAUUCCUUCCCACUGGCUGAUUGUCACUGGUUUACCCCAACUGGAGAGAGAGUUAAAUGCCAGGGGAAAGAGCAUGUGUGGGAAGGGGUGAGCACCUACACACUGUGUGGUCAAGAACCUGGUGCGUAUCGGCUGCAGCUGGAGAAUAGCGACACCAGUGUCACCAAGAAUGUGUCUUUGUGUGUCACAGACAGCCCAACUUUGAAGCUCAGUCAAAAUGGCACUACAGUUACCUGCAUGACCAACAGCACACAUCCAUGGAACCUGACUUGGAAAUCAUGCCAGUUAACAGCUGAUUGCCAGAACUCCUCGUCCUGGAAAGAGAAGCCCUCUAAAACGGCUCCUGAGCUGUCCAGCUCAGGGCAGUACUGUCACAAGAGGAUCGAGAGCUCCAUCCCGUCUGAGGAUGUGCGAGGCCAAUUUCUGCUCUGCUGCUUUCGAAACCGAGCCGGCGCACAGUGCAGUGACCAGAUUCUCAUAGAGAGCUCCCCCAACACCACUUUUCUGUUGGGUGUUAUCGUUAUGCUGGUGGUGAUCGUUCUCCUGGUCACCAUAUUACUCUCGUAUUUUGUCAAGAAAAAGAAACCAGUGUACCAGAGCCAGCUGCAGAUGAUUCAGAUGGUUGGUCCGUCUGACAAUGACUAUAUUUACAUCGACUUCAAAGAUUUCAAGUAUGAUCUGAAAUGGGAGUUUCCUCGAGAAAACCUUGAACUAGGGAAAGAGCUGGGUUCAGGAGCCUUUGGCAUGGUGGUGCAUGCUACGGCCUACGGGAUUACCAAGCCAGGGGUUUCCAUGCAGGUGGCCGUCAAAAUGCUUAAAGACAAACAUCAGACAGUGGAGCGGGAGGCUCUGAUGUCAGAACUGAAGAUGUUAACAUAUAUUGGGCACCAUACCAACAUCGUUAACCUGCUGGGAGCAUGCACACAUUCAGGGCCCCCCUACCUAAUCUUUCAGUACUGCUGUAAUGGGGACCUCCUGAACUACCUUAAGAACAACAGAGAGAGCUUCUAUAAGUGUCUGGCCGACGCAAUCACCAAGGAUCGAUUCACCAGCCUGUACCAUAACUACCAACCAAAGCAAAGCACCAGUGACUACCAGCACCCUGUUAGCCCGUAUGUGCCCAUGUCCCCAGUGAAGGACCAGGAGUUUGUUGCUCUCCUCAGUCAAAACCCAACCUCCAUGGACAUUUCAGAAGCAGAUUUAGGAAGUGUUGGAGGAAGAACAGAGAUGGAAGAGAUGCUUGAUGACCUUCAGGAAGAGGAUCUACAAGUGCUUACAUAUGGGGACCUCCUCUGCUUCUCUUACCAAGUGGCCAAAGGAAUGGAGUUUCUGUCCACCAAGAAUUGCAUUCAUCGUGACCUGGCAGCCAGAAAUGUCUUGUUGACACGAGGCCGUCUUGUGAAGAUUGGGGACUUUGGCCUGGCCAGAGAUAUUGACAAUGACUCCAACUACGUUGUGAGAGGCAAUGCACGUCUUCCAGUGAAGUGGAUGGCGCCCGAGAGCAUCUUUAAGGGGAUGUACACCAUGCAGAGUGACGUGUGGGCCUACGGCAUUCUGCUGUGGGAGAUCUUCUCUCUGGGUGUAACACCCUAUCCUGGUAUGAAGGUGGAUAACACUUUCUACAGUUUGAUAGAGAGGGGAUUCCAAAUGGAACAGCCAUACUAUGCCAGCGAGUCAGUGUAUCGCAUGAUGCGUCGCUGUUGGGCCCUGGAGCCACAGGACAGACCGUGCUUCUCCAAACUGGUGGUCUUUAUGGAGAAUGAGCUGGCUGAGAUAGAAGAGAAGAUUUACCUUAAUAUUGGGGAACAGAACAACAAUAGCUCCAUCUAUCAGAACACUGUGGCAAUGGUGGAUGACGCUGAGCAUUUGCUAAUGUCUCAGAUAGAGAGCGGUACAGAUGAGAAGGCCACAGAAUCCUUAGACUCCUGUGUCAGGGAAACAUGAAUUCAAUUUGUCAGCUUUAGUAACGUCAACAUGUAUGUGACAACUGUCUCCCAGGGAUUUGCACUAAGUUUUAUCAAAUUAUUGUACAGUAUGUAGCAUAUCAUGCUACCACUUUCUCCUUCUACUACACUUUGACUGGUAUUCAUAACGUCUGCACUCUCAUCCUCUAGUAAUAGUAUUGAUUGAUGCAGUAUUAAUUCCUACCUAAGGUCUCAUAUGCACUGUAGCUCGAAUGUAAUUCCCCAUUUUUGUAUGUCGCUCUGGAUAAAAGUGUCUGCUAAAUGCAUAAGUGUAAUGUAAUGUAAAAUUAUCACAGUGAGAAGAAUUACACUUUAUUGCGGUAGAAUUUAAUUUAAUUUAUUAUAUUUUAUAGAUAACUUUCUUUAUUUUUGUGAUGUUGCUUUAAGAGUUUUAAGUAAACAGUCAAACAUAAGAAGUGGACUCGUGGAAUCUUUUCAAGUGUUUUUUUGAGACGAGGGAGUUUGCUGAGCGUCAAGCUAAAGCUUCAAUUGGAACCUAGGAAACUACAGGGACUCUUCUUUAGAUAGAAACAUUGUUCAAAAAUGCUCAAGUAAAAACUUGCGUGUAUAUCUUAGGGGUAAUGGAGAUUAUAUUUUUAAUGCAAUACUAUUUUUAUACAAUUAUACUUUAUUGUGUCUCUUUUAAUUCUAGCUGUGUUUAGAGGGACUGUUUAAAGAUUCAUGAACUGAGAUAUUGUGAGAUGUGGAUUAUCAUGCUUGCUGCAUUUAUUUUUCCAUUUGGAGAAAAUACGAGAUUAUGAGAUUUUACAAUGUUUGUCUACUAUCAGUGUGCUUAAAUUAGACACUGUUUUUCACAAGGGGACAGCAUACAGUAUCACCUUGAAGUUAUAUGUUCUAUUUUCAGAAGCUGUAACUAAGACAAAUAAACAUAUGUUACUUUACCACAACUUCAUUAUAACUU